CUCUAAUCCGCUUCUCUAAUCCCUGUUCUACCAGGAGCACACCCAAAAACAACACUAGCUAGCUAACUAACCAACCGCGGUGGUGAGGGUUACGGUUGCGGUUACGAUCGAUUACGGUUCUGGUUCAAUGCCUCCUCCGGGUCGAGCAGCCGUCGCUGCAAUCCUCGUAUUCUGUCUCCUCCUCCUCAACAAUGUUUCCGCCACCGAGCACACCUACAUUGCCUCGCAGCAGGUGACGGCGCAGGACUUCCUCCAGGCCCACAACGAAGUCAGGGCCAUGUUCAACGAGCCGAUGCUAACGUGGGACGAUAAGCUAGCUGACUACGCCCACCAGUGGGCUGAGAAGACCAGCGCCCUAGGGAAAUGCGAGGAGCGGUACCACUCCAACGGCCCCUACGGCGAGAACCUCUUUUGGGGGUGGUCGUGGAACGACUACUUUAGCCCUAGAGACGCAGUCAUGAUGUGGACCGAGGAGAAAAACGACUUCGACGUCAAGUCGUUGACGUGCACGCCGGGGAAAAUGUGCGGCCACUUCACGCAGGUCAUGUGGAGGAACUCCAAGAGAGUAGGGUGCAGCCGCAUCAAGUGCGCCCAAGGCGGAGUGUUGAUGAUUUGUAAUUAUGAUCCUCCUGGGAAUUGGAUUGAUUCGAAACUUGGAGGUCUCAUGAAUCCCUUCGGCGAGGAUAAGACGACAGUGCCUCCUGUUUCGGCUGAAGAAGUGACGCAAGCAAUACCGCAUGUUGUUCAGCCGAAAGUGCCGCAACCAAUGCCGGUUGAUGGUCAUCCGACAGUGCCGCACCCGGUGCCGGCUGAUGGUCAUCCGAAAGUGCCGCAACCAGUGCCGGCUGACGGUCAUCCGACAGUGCCGCACCCGGUGCCGGCUGAUGGUCAUCCGAAAGUGCCGCACCCGGUGCCGGCUGAUGGUCAUCCGAAAGUGCCGCAACCAGUGCCGGCUGACGGUCAUCCGACAGUGCCGCACCACCCGGUGCCGGCUGACGGUCAUCCGAAAGUGCCGCAACCGGUGCCGGCUGACGGUCAUCCGACAGUGCCGCACCCUGUGCCGGCUGAAGGUCAUCCCACAGUGCCGCACCCGGUGCCGGCUGAACAUCAGCCUGCAUUCUCCCAACCGCCGCCGUCUGGCGGAGAGUUGCCAAAGAAAGGAAGAGGAAGAAACAGAAGGGGUCAAGGGAGAGGAGGUCAUCAUCGUGGUCGUGCUAAACCUAACCAGAACCGUAAUCAUCGUAACCGUAACCACCUUAGCCCCCGCCAACUCUAUCUUAAUCGCAUCCGUCGUCGUCAACGUGAUAAUCGUAAACUGUAGUCGCAACAACCUCUGCGGCCUGGCUAAACGCGCCAUUGCCUGUUCCACUCCAAUUUUGUUCCGGUUAAAUCUUUAUGUACAUUUUAUAAGUUCUUAGCUGUAACUCUUUUAUUAUUGUAUAUCAUCCAUCCAAUGAAGAUCAAACUUUGAACUUUGAACCAA